UGUGUCAAUGCCAAAAAUUAGCCACACGGAUUCCAAACAAAAAUUGUUGAAGCAAGCAAGAUUGGGCAAACACCUGUCAUCGAAAAAAGGAUCUCGUACUGGAAACUCGGCCAACAACAAGGAACUUAAAGUACUCACCCUGUUGCAAACUGUACCGUGA